AUGUUGUUGAUCAUGGUACGUCCAGCUAUUGAUCUUGAGCCGUACAAGGCUGACAUUAUUAGUCUGUUCCAUGAGGACCAUUCUACAGCUCGUAUUGCCUCUAUUAUUGAGGCACGAUAUCACGUACGAGUCGGCGAGCGUACAAUCAAGACCAGGUUGAGUGGUUGGGGUGUUAGCAAGCGCGAUCGUACGGCUACCACUGAUUCUUCUCUACACAGCCGGAUCAAGGAGUUGUUCUUUGAGAGGUGCCUCUCCGAUGCAGAGAUUCUACGUACUGUACGGGCUGAAGGAUACACUGUCUCUUCACGAACACUUCGACGAAUCCGUACGGAGCAAGGCCUCGUCCGACGAACAGAUGAUUCUACUGAGCGUCAACUCCAUGAUGAUAUAGCUACGAAGCACCUGCUUGAAGCAUAUAAUGAAGGGACUAUCCAAGGCUACGGACGAGAGCUUUUAUUUGCUCAUAUGCGUGGUGAAUAUCUUAUUAUUCCAAGAUAUCGGCUACAUGAUAUCUACCGUACGAUCGCACCUGAGGCUAUACAACAACGGAAGAAUGACAUGCAGCGAAGUCGUGGCUCAUAUAUCGUCCCUGGACCAGAUAUGAUCUGGUCCGUGGACGGUUAUAUGAAGCUAGAUCCGUAUGGCAUCCAAAUCUACGCGGCCAUUGACGCGAACUCUCGCUAUAUCAUCUGGAUCUAUAUUGGCAUCGAUACUCGUACGUCAGUCAGUGUUGUACGGCAAUAUCUUGACACUAUACAUGAACGGAAGAUUAUCUGCAAUCAGAUCCGUUCGGACCAUGGAUCGGAGACAUCUUUGCUUGCUAAAGCUCACUGCUAUCUUCGAAGAGCGUACGAGCCAGAGAUUGAGGCAACACAGUGUUAUAUCUUUGGAUCCAGUACUGCAAAUCAGAGAAUUGAGUCUUGGUGGGCACAGCUAAGUAAAUCAUUACUUUUUCGAUAUCGCAACUACUUCAAGGCCUUGAUUGAAGUAGGAGACUUCUCUAAAGAUGUGAUUCCAGAUCAGAUUGCUUUGUACGCAGUCUACAUGCCUAUUCUUCGGACACAGGUCUCGUCGUACGUACAUACCUGGAACCAACACAGCAUCCGGAAGCAACGAGAGAGGCCACAUGUUGUCUCUGGUCGGCCGUUCAUGAAUUAUUAUCAUCCAGAACAUACAAUCAACCAUGGUCUUCUUGUACAUGAAGAGUCUCUCUAG